CAUUAAGGUUUUCUUUGUGUGCAUACGUUCUUUUAAGUUAUUUAGUAUCUAUUGAGAGUUUUUUGAAAACCAUGUCUCUUGUGGGAAAAUUUGUGAGUGAAUUAGAAAUAAAUGCACCUGCUGAGAAGUACUACAAAAUCUUCAAAGACCAAGUUUCUCAUGUUCCCAAUAUUUCCCCAAACAUAAUCCAAAACGUUGAAGUUCAUGAAGGGGAUUGGGACACUCAUGGUCAUGGCUCUAUCAAGAUUUGGAGCUACACCGUCGAUGGUAAGACUGAGGUUUUCAAAGAACAAGUGGAGUUUGAUGACGAGAAGUUUGCAGUAACUUUGAUUGGGUUGGAAGGAGAUGUAUUUGAGCAUUACAAACUUUUCAAGGGAACAUAUCAAGUUGUGCCAAAGGGACCUGAACAUAGCUUAGCAGUUUUAACACUGGAGUAUGAGAAACUCAAUGAUGGCUCUCCUUAUCCUUACAAAUAUCUUGAUCUUAUGAAUAACCUCACCAAGGACAUAGAAUCUCACCUUAAAUAAAAUAUGAUGUGCUGUAUGUCUUCUGUGAGCUUCAUCUUUCUCUCGCAUGCAGUUGGGUAUGUUUGAUUAUGUUUGAGUCAAAAGGGUUGCGGUUUGCUUUACGAGUUCUGUUUCAGGAUUGAUUUGAAUAUCUUUUUAUUACUAUGGUUCUUUUAAGUUAUGGGUAAUGUAAAAAUAUAAUAAGGGUCAUUCUCAUUGUAAAAUGGAUGAAGCUCAUUAUUGUUAUGCUUGCUUAAAAUAUAUAUAUAAUAUAUAUUGUAUGGUGUAUUUGGAUAA